AUUGGAAAUCCAGCCCUAUUGCAAGCAAUUUGCAAAACUCCGCUAGAAUUUUAAUUUACACAAUCCCCACCACAAAGUUCCGCUUUCUCCAGCACCAUGGCAACGACGAUGUUCGCGCGAGUCACUUUUUACCCUACACUUUUAUAUAAUGUGGUGAUGGAGAAGGUGACCAGCAGACGAUGGUACGACAGGAUUGAUGACAAUGUGAUACUCGGGGCUCUGCCAUUCCAAGGAAUGACUAAACAGCUGAUUGAGGAGGAGAAUAUAAAGGGUGUUGUGUCGAUGAAUGAAACAUAUGAGCUCAAGAUAUUCUCUAAUGAUGGUGAGAAAUGGCGUCAACACGGCGUGGAGUUCCUGCAGCUGGCGACGACGGACAUAUUCGAGGCCCCGGACCAGGACAAACUGUAUGAAGGAGUGCGCUUCAUCAAUAGGUUCCUACCUCUCGGCGGCAAGCUGCGGUCGGUGCCGCUGGACGAGGGGCAGGGGCGGGUGGAGCAGGGCACGGUGUACGUGCACUGCAAGGCCGGCCGCACGCGCAGCGCCACGCUCGUCGGCUGCUACCUCAUGCUGAAAAACGGGUGGAGUCCAAACGAAGCCGUGGAGUACAUGCGGUCACGGCGGCCGCACAUAUUGCUGCACACCAAGCAGUGGCAGGCGCUCGACAUCUUCCACAGGAAUCACGUGCACACGUGAUCACAAUGAGACGGUAAAAAGUACCACCUAAACCUUAUUGCCGAGGUCAUAAUGUCGAAUAUGAUUUGUAGAUAAACUGGACUGCUGAGGUGUUCCACCUUUUAUCGUAUUGGAAAUAAUGUGGUAUGUGUCGUGCACAGCUUUAAUUUCGCUUUGCGAAAAUGGAGGGAGCAAUUGGGGAUGGAAUAUAAGAGUGUACACCAAUAACGUAGAAUAGCCCAAUGACGUGACACCGACUGAUCGCAAUCUACCAAUAACGAUCCGUCUGAUCAAUGAUCUAACAUCCCACCAAAGAGACCUAAAAAUCAAACAAUAUAGGUACCAUCGAGGAAAUUGAUUCCUAGGCA